AUGGACGACCCCGCGAUGGAGCCGCUGGCAGCCGCCGAUGCCAUCGCGCACCCUCACCGACGCUUCUCGGCUUCGAGGCCUGCUUCCGUCUCCCACGAUGCUGCUAAGGCACGAUCCCAAGCGAACGAUGUCGGCGCGCUCGACCCCGACACAUGCCGCAUUUGCAGAGGCGAGGCGACCGCCGAGGAACCGCUCUUCUACCCAUGCAAAUGCAGUGGCAGUAUCAAAUACGUUCACCAAGACUGCUUGAUGGAGUGGCUGUCACACUCCCAGAAGAAGCACUGCGAGCUGUGCAAGACACCCUUCCGCUUUACCAAGCUCUACUCGCCCAAGAUGCCAAAGACUCUCCCGGCUCACGUCUUUGUCGGCCACAUGGCCAAAUACCUCUUCAGAAACGUCCUUGUAUGGCUGCGAGCCGCACUGGUCAUCAGCGUAUGGCUCUGCUGGCUGCCCUACCUCAUGCGCUCAGUUUGGGCGUUUCUGUUCUGGGUCAGCGACGAGGGUCUGGGUAGCGGCGCUCUGUGGAACAGCUCAAACGCAACAGUUAGCCGGGGUGUCUCGGUGGCAUUCUCUGUUGCCAAUUCCAACGUCUGCCCUGCUUCGCCUCUGCUCGAACCAACCACGACGCCGGCGAAUUUGGGAGGAAUGCUCAAGGAUAUUAUUCAAGGCCAGGAACUGCCCUUUAGCCGGUCAUUCCACGGCGUCAAUAUUACCACCAACGACUCGAUGACGGCAGCUCUCAUGAGGAUGUUGCUAGGGUCCAUCACUUCCUCUGGUUCUGCCAACUCUAGCUCAGUACUCUCUCCGAGCGACCCCGUUCUCGAUCGCCAUCCUUCUUUGUUGAGCGGCGUGUCUUGGUUGCGCAACAUGACCCGGUACCCGGUCGUAAACCGGACCAUCAUCGGCGUGCUAGAAGGCCAAAUCAUCACGAUACUAGUCAUCAUCUCGUUCAUUCUUGUCAUCCUGGUUCGCGACUACGUUGUUCAGCAGCAACCCGAAAUCAACAUGCGAGCCGCCUUUGCCGCCAACGACAACGCACAAGCCCAGCCGCAGCCUGAACCGCACCAUCAACAUGAGGAGCAUUUCCACGACCAUGAUCAUGAGCACGAGCAUGCGCACACCCAUGAUGGUCCUGGCAUGGUUGAUGAGUACGGUGCGGCAAAUUUGAGAGGGCCAAGUGACAGCGAGGAUGAUGACGAUGAAUCAUUUACUGGCGGCCGACGCGGAAUCCAGGAUGAUCUACCUCACAUGGCUUGGGACGAACGAGAACCAAUGUCCGAGCUUGCAGCUCCACUGUUGCCGGCAGGUUUACCGACGAGGAGACUCGGCAGUUUUGGGCCCCGCGCCCAAGGAGGACCCGACGCCGACUUUGACUUCAACACACCUCCCGAAGGCGGGUCCAACAAGGACUCGCAGACCCCUGUAGCAACUGUUCACGAAUACCUCCGUAUAUACCGACAGGCCAAUGGUGACCCCGAGAAGAUCCUCAGAAUCAUUGAGGAGGAGAAGUUGGAUGAGCCACUUGGCUAUUGGGCAAGGAUCACCAAAUCGAUGAUGGAAAAGAAUCGAGAUUCGGGUGCUUCCCAGUCGAAAAAGAGCCAGCCUGGACCUGAAGGACCUUCCGCCUCUGGAGAUUCUCAAGCUUCGUCUCCAUUCUCGGUUCAACUGCCCGCCCCUUCAACACCACAGUUCUCAUGGCCGCCGCAACCACUUGGUGAGAGUAGUAUUAAUGGGACAGGAAAGGGCAAGGAGAAGGAAACGCCGACAGAUUUCGGCUUCGAAACAGGUCUGGGAGACGAACGCGCAAGCCCUUCAAGAUCGACUCCCUUCCAGAGUCCUCUUCGGCCUCGCUCCGUUUCCGAUGGCCCUCAGAUGAACAACACUAUCAACCCUCUUGCGAACAAUAGCUGGUCAUUCUCCGGCCUGAAUACUGCACCGCAAGCCGAACCUCAGGCGCAGGAGCCAAUGCAAUCAUUUGGUUUCGAUCCUCAGGGACAAGAAUUCGGUCUUCCCCCAGCCCGAUUCACACCACCGCGAAGCAAUACCCCAGAUUUCGGUUCAGAUGCGGAUCACGAUUUUGAGACUGUUGAGCCGAUUCACGAGGAUGGGCUCUUUGGCUUCAACGAGCCAGAGAUGCAACUGCCUGAUCUGAUAAUCGGGCCAGCUCAAGCCAAUGACAUCCCCGAGGAGCCGCUCGAGGACAUCAACGGCUUGCCUCAGGAUGCCGAGGAUGGUAGAAUAGCCCAGCGGCCGCCUCUCCAGCGGGGAGUUAUGGAUCGCGUUGCCGACUUCAUGUGGGGCGACAUUGAGGUGCGAGAGCUAGACAUUGGCGGUCGAGACGACGAUGCCGCUCAUGAACAUGAUCAUGAUCAUGACAGCGACGACGACGACUUUGAUGAUGAUCUGGAUGAUGACGAGCAAGACGCUGUUGAGCAAGACCGUGAGGUCGUUGAAGCUGCCGUCGCCGCCGGGCUUGAUCCUGAAGCGAUCGAUGAUGCCGAAGAUUUCGAGGGCAUCAUGGAACUGAUCGGCAUGCGUGGACCCAUUGCUGGUCUCUUUCAAAAUGCAAUCUUCUGCGUUGUGCUUGUCUCCGUCACGAUCUUCGUGUGCGUUUUCAUUCCUUACAACCUGGGACGUGUCAGCGUCUGGGCUGCCAUGAAUCCGAUGCGCCUUGUGCGAAUGCUCUUUAGCGCGACAAAGUUCAUCCAAGACGUUGCGGUUGGCAUCAUGAGCGGACUGACCAGUCUAACCUUGUGCUUCAUUUACACAACAGGACGCAUGAUGGGCUUCCCAGCCAAGAAUGGGGUUGGCUUGCUCAUGAAGAAGACGUUCGACAUCUUCAUGAGUGCUUCAAGCAGAGUCCUCGAGAGUCUGACCAGCGAAUUGCCCAUUAUUUCGACCACCGAGAUGCAGAACUUUUCCGCCAUCAGCCAUGAGGCACUGCUCGACUUCAAAUCCUAUCUCUCGGGAUCUUUUGCUGCUGUGGGAGACAUACUUGGCGCCGUCUUCGAUCGCGACCUGAUAGCCAACACCACGUAUGCAGCGUCACUCUUAGCGAACGCAACCAUAUACACAUGGAACGCCGUUCGCGAUGUUCCCAUUAGCAUCCUCAACCCUGGAUCAUGGGUCAUCAGCUUCAGUGUGCCGGAGCCCUCGACGGUCGUUAACCCUGCACUAUCGUAUUGGUCAGGGACGGAUCGAUUCUGGGCAAUUCUCUGCGGUUACUUCACCUUUUCAGCAAUCAGCGCGCUCUACCUGAAGCGGGGAUCGCCCUUCUCGACGGGGCAGACGGGCCAAGAAUGGGAAGCUUCCUUAAUCGACUUGCUAAACCAAGCUAGCGGCGUUAUGAAGGUCAUUCUUAUCAUCAGCAUCGAGAUGCUCAUUUUCCCACUGUACUGUGGUCUCCUCUUGGACGCGGCUCUACUACCUCUCUUCGAAGCAACCACUUUGAAAUCGCGGGUCGCCUUCACCGUCAAUUUUCCGCUCACCUCCAUCUUUGUACAUUGGUUCGUGGGAACGGGGUACAUGUUCCACUUUGCCCUCUUUGUUUCCAUGUGCCGAAAGAUAAUGCGGAAAGGUGUCCUCUAUUUCAUUCGCGAUCCAGACGACCCCGAGUUCCACCCCGUUCGCGAUGUACUUGAACGCAACGUUGUGACGCAACUGCGCAAGAUUCUAUUCUCUGCCUUUGUAUACGGAGCACUGGUCAUCAUUUGUCUCGGAGGUGUGGUGUGGGGUCUGGCCCUGUCUCUUCCCAGCGUUCUGCCGAUUCACUACUCUUCCAAUGAGCCUGUCUUGGAGUUCCCCGUCGACCUCUUGUUCUACAACUUUGCUAUGCCUCUAGCAGUCAAGUUCUUCAAGCCUAGCGAUGGCUUGCAUGCCAUGUACACUUGGUGGUUCCGCAAGUGUGCCAGAGGCCUUCGGUUGACUUGGUUCCUCUUUGGCGAACGCCGCAUUGAUGAAGAGGGCAUUCUGGCGCUGCGCCCUGGCUCGGACCAACUUGCCCUCCCUUGGUGGAGGCGAGCCCUUCUCGAGGUUAACAAAGAAAACAAGGUGAUACCCAAGACGUGGGAGGAUACGUUUGAAGGUGGCACCGCGAAGCCAUCUUCUGCCAUCGCAUCCGACCAGAUGGUCAUCCUCACCCUGAAGAAAGCACGCCUUGUCGAAUCUGGACAGCUCCUAGAAGAGGGCCAGUUUGUUCGGACCCCUGCCUCGGACCAGGUCAAAAUCCCCAAGGGACGACGCGUGUUCAUGCCGGUUUCUGAGGGCAACUCUCGACUGGACGGCAAAGACGACGCGCUCGAUGGCGACCUUUACUCGACGGACCAGUACCAGCUGGUGUACAUUCCGCCGCACUUCCGUGCUAGGGUCUUCUUGUUCAUUAUGUUCAUUUGGAUCUUUGCCGCAGUCACAGGCGUCAGCUUCACAAUCAUGCCACUAGUAUUCGGUCGCAAGAUGUUCAAGGUCCUCAUCCCAGCCCACAUUCGCACCAACGACAUUUACGCUUUCAGCAUCGGUAUCUACAUUCUGGGCUCCGCAGCAUACUUCCUCUUCCAUGCCCGUUCCAUUUUUUACAAGAUGAAGACGUGGGCAUUUACAAAUCUACAGUCUGUGUGGCAGAGCGAUGCUCCCAUGCGAGUUGCCCUCAUGGGCAUUCAUACUGCCAGGCUUGCUUACGCGUACACGAUUCUCCUGGUCGUUUUCCCUCUCAUCCUUACGGCCCUCAUGGAAUUGUACUGCCUCAUUCCUCUCCACACUUACAUGUAUCCACCGACGCCUUACAUCGUCGGGACCAACAAUGGUGGUCAGUUCAAAGACGGUAUCGCGGUGUCGAACCAGCACACGGCGAGGGUCAUACAAUCCUGGACCCUGGGCUUGCUCUACGUCAAGCUCGGGGCUCGGGCCAUCACCAGCCUGUACGAGGGCACUCGCAUGGCGCAAGCCGUCCGCGCCGUCCUCCGCCGUGGAUGGCUCCAGCCCGACGUUCUCGUAUUGACGAGGGCUUUUGUUGUUCCUGGUCUGCUCAUUGGUGGUUUGGCGAUAUUCGGGCCGCCUUAUGCCGUUGGCUGGAUGGAGUCACGCGGCAUGCUCGGUGUACCUGCACCUGCACCACACGAACUCAAGAUGGUUUAUCGUCUUUCUUAUCCCGCUGGUGCGUUCAGCGCACUGGCAGCAAUGGCACUAUGGAGUAUCGUCGGCGUCUUUAACAAUUGGAAAGCGCGUAUUAGAGACGAGGCCUACCUUAUCGGGGAGAGGCUUCACAACUUUGGCGUCGGCGCCGCGGGUGCUGCGGGCGCGCGGGGGCCGUGGCGGAUUCGGGGACGAGCGUAG